GUUGAAUUUGUAUCGUUUGCCUGUGCGAUUGGGAGGUUCAUACGAUGCUAAAGAGACAGUUCACCACGAGUGCUUCUCUGUUGAAGAAUGUCCGUCCUGCUGUGAAGGUUUCAGAGAAGAAGGGUCCACAGUCAGUGGGGAAAAACCUACCGUUUAAGAAGUCUGAAAAGGCGUGGGAUAAAGCAGGUGAGUCCAAAGAUGAGUACUUCAGAAAGAGAUUUGCCCAUAUCCAUGCGAAGCAGAAGUCCAACGACACUGUCCAAAGAAGAGAACGAUUCCAAGAACAGAGAGAUGACAAAAGGAGGGAAGCCAGGGACCAUUUGAAGACCGAGAGACAUAACCAUAAGAACAAAUUCUACAAAGAUGUGUAUCAAAGCUUGAAGCCGAACCCGCUAUCUGAGUAUGUCUAUGGAAGAUCUCCUGUGUUAGCAGUUCUUCAGCAACGGAAGAGGUCGUUUUUGAAUAAAUUGUUUGUGGAGAGGGCACCGUCCAAGGAUAGCGAGAUUGUUCAAAUCGCUAAGAACUUGGGAGUCGAUAUUGUCGUUGCAAAGAGUAAACACGAGUUGAACCUGUUAUCAAAUAACGGUGUACAUAACGGCUAUGUGUUGGAGACCAAGCCAUUGCUACCAACUCAGGUUUUCGAACUUGGCAAAGUCCAAGGAAAGAGCUACGCCAUUGAAGAAGACGAUUUCGGCUCCAAAUCUAUUCAAACGCAUGAGACUUCAAAUAAGAACCCAUUUGGCCUAUACCUCGAUGGUAUCACCGAUCCUCAUAACGUUGGUGCCAUAAUCAGAUCUGCAUACUUUCUAGGUGUGGAUUUUAUAGUGAUGUCUGAUAAGAACAGUGCCCCACUCUCACCAGUUGCUUGUAAAACUUCAGUGGGUGCUACGGAGUUCAUUCCUAUAUACUCGGUUACGAAACCAUUACAAUUCUUCGAUAAGAGCAGAAGCAAUGGGUGGACUUUUGUCUCUGCAGCCACUGCUGAGCAUAAAACUGAUGAGAAGAUAUUCUCAACGUUACAGUCUAAGACCGUGCCGUUCAACGCUAUUCAUUCAUUGCUUGAAGAAGGUCCGUGUAUUCUCGUCUUAGGAUCCGAAGGUGAAGGUAUUAGAACCACUCUCAAGUUGAGAAGUGAUUUCCUUGUGGCUAUCGAGAGUGCACCCGGGGUGGACUUACUUAUUGACAGUCUAAACGUCAGUGUUGCUGGUGCACUGAUAAUUAACAAGAUGUUGAAUAACUGAGGAAAACGGAGACUGUUGAAUAUUUCAUUCAUAUGAACAAAUAAUGUGUUUUAUACCUGUAUAUAGCUACUAAUAUGAAUGAUAUCGUGAUACAAACCACGACUAAUUUC